AUGACAUUAACGGGGACGCUUCGGAACAAGAGACAACAUAGCAGGAUUCAGCAUCGAAGCUCGGAAGAAUUCCACGGGGCAGAGGAGCCCAUUGCACAUAGCGACAGCGGUCAGCUAAUAUCAUCUCCGCAAGUAUUACUCAUGGACUCGGAGGAUAUCACGGGGCGCCCACACAUCGGCGCAGGGCCGGCAUAUUACCAGGUGGCGACACCGAAGUCGCCGCACGAGCUUUCCCUGGGCGACGACGAAUACAGCGGGCUGCGUGCGGAGGAGGGGCCGCUGGGGCGUGAGAGCGAGGAGACGGAGCGGAUAAAAUACGAGAUAGCGAAGCGCGAGAUUCUGGAGCAGCUCCAUCUGCAGGUCAUGAUCAAGCAUCGAGAAAUGGACGACCUGGAAGCCGAGUCACGUGGCUUAGGGGCGAAAUUGGAGGUGCUGGAGAUGUUGCAUGAUGAUCCGGAGCUCUUGGCCAAGGUGGACGCGCACCAGGAGCAACAGGCACAGCUGCGUUUGGCACAGUUAGAAGCACGUCGCAGGAGGGAACAACAGAUGGCAGCGCUACCCCCUGCUCCGCUUUCGUCGAGCAGUGGUGGUGAGUACUAUUACCACACCCGCAGUAAGAGCAUGAACUCCCAUCAGGGGAGGUCUUCUACCCUCCGGCCGGCUGACGGGAAUGUAAUCGGCCUCCGUGUUUUGGGCUCAAAGACGGUUGCAGACGCUAGUAGUCCCGGAACCACGUCACCACCUUUCAGCUCCUUUCAGCAGGCAGACCCUUUCGCGCCGCAACAUUUCAACCAGCAUCACAGGAGGAACUACAGCAGUAAUUGUAUUUCAAGCAACAGCGGCGUAGUCGGGAAAACCGACAGCGGGGAUGCGAUUUUUAGGCGCCUUGAUGGGCUCCUGAUCGUUAUCACGUGCUGCAAGUGCGGUAAGUCGGGAUUUACGUCUGCACAAGGCAUCGUCAACCACUCCAGGCUGAAACAUGCCAAUUCUUAUUCCAGUCAGCCACUAGCUGUACUUCAUAACCAGCGAAUUCUUCCGGAAGAGCAGCAAAAUAAAAUUGUCAUGGAUAAAUUUAAGGAACUGCAUCUUGACCCUCAGACGGAGUACCUGCCGAAUCCCACAGUGGUCUCCCAAAGCCCAUCCUCUAGUGCUAAUUCAAAUGCAUGUAUAACAGCUACUGAAGGGCGCGAUAUAUCACCAACACAUAUCUCAUCGUCCUUAUCGCCUACCUGCGUGCAGCCAGUUUCCCAAUUUCACUCAACUAAACAUCUGGAGAAGCUCUAUGGCAAAGAGGGAUUCCAGCAGAUAGUGGACUAUGUCAAGGAGUCUAAAGAUGAUUUAGACGUCAUCAUGCGGGUAGAUUCGGAUAUUGAAGACGAUCCGACUCCGCUGCACAUGGAAGAUCAAUCGGAUUUGCUUUCACAACAUAAUUCGGAGCGUUCAACCGACCUAAAGCGUCGCGCAUCGCCUAAUAUGGACAAAGCUCUUCGUGAACGAAUGCGGCCUGCUGAGAAGCGGGUGAGGCCCGACGCUAUGGCACUCGUCGAGCUCCCUGCUGAAGAGAAGAGAUCAUCGCAUUACAACUUAAGGGCCAGGUCAAAGCUAAAAUCACUCUCGAAACAUGAAUAA